AUGGAUCCUGAUAAUAAUACUAUUACUACUAACAAUAAUGAUAGUUCAUCUUCGGAAGAAUGUGUAGUUCUAUCUACAAAUUCUCCAAUUCGUGUUCCUUCGACAGAAACUGAUACUGCUAAAACACCUACAACACCAAAAUUAAGAUUAUCAAAAACUGAAUAUAUGCAACGAAAAUCUGAACGAGAAGCAAAAAAAGCAGAAGAACAAGCAAUGAAAGCAGAGAAAAAACGUCUUGCAGAAGAAUUAAAAGCAAAAAAAGCUGCAGAACUUCAAUUAGAAAAAGCACGAAAAGCAGAAGAACUUCAAUUAGAAAAAGCUCGUAAAGCUGAAGAAAAAGCUCGCAAAGCUGAAGAACUUCAAUUGGAAAAAGCACGUAAAGCUGAAGAACUUCAAUUAGAAAAAGCUCGUAAAGCUGAAGAACUUCAAUUAGAAAAGGCUCGUAAAGCUGAAGAAAAAGCUCGAAAAGAAGCAGAAUAUGCUAAUAAAAAGGCUGAACAAAUACAAAAAAAAGAACAAAAACAAGCACAGGCACAAAAACAAGAAUUAGUUCAUAAACAAAUGGCAACUUAUAUGGAUAGAUAUUUUAAACCAGUUGAUAAACCUUCACAAAAAGAAGGGCAAACAUCAACAACAAAUACUCAUACUAUCGUUCAACGAUGUACAAAUAUUUUUGAUCAAUUGGUUUCGAAACAGGAUAUUAAUUUUGUAUCGGAUAUAAUUGAAAAUAUAAAAUCAAUGAAAAAACUUGAUAUUGAAAUUAAUUCACGUCCACGUUUGAACAGUGAUUCGAAUAGUAGUCUUAUAACAGUUGUAGCAACAACAACUGCAAAUAAUUCAUAUGUAUUAAAAACUCGAUAUAUUCAUUUUCCAGAAAAAUAUUUUAAUCGUCCACCAUACUAUGGAACAUUUAAAAAAGCUUUAAGUGUUAAUGUUAAUCCAUUAGAACCAGAUGCAUCUAUUGAGAAUGUUGAUUAUACAGUUGAUUCAGAAGGUGAAUGGGAAGAACUAUGUAAAGAUGGUGAAGAACUUCGUUCGGAUGCUGAUGAUUUAAGUGAUUCAGAAACAAUGGAUAGUGAAAGUGAUACUGAUUCAUUUAUUGUACCACAUGGUCAUUUAUCAGAUGAUGAAUUAAAUGAAGAUGAACAACAACAAUCUACAUCGACAAAACAAGCUCGUGAAGCAGCUAAAACACAUGUAUGGGAUAAGAAAGUAGCACGUUUAAAUCAACAACGAGAAUUAAAACCUUUAUUUGGUUGUAUUUAUGAUCCAACAUUAGAUGAAAAAACAAAAUUUGAAUUAUCAAAUUAUCUUCAUCAAUUUCAAAGAAUUCUUGUACCAAAAGAAAUUCUUCAACGUGUAGAACAAGAUGAUAAAGAACAAGAAAUUAAUGAUGAUACAAUUUCGAAAGAAGAUAAAAAGAAAGGAGUAUCAAGAAAAAAAUCAUUGGUUUCUAAAAAAGGUUCGACUACUGAUCAGCAACAACCUGUGACAAAUACUCCUUCAAUUGGAACACCAACAGUUAAACGUACUGGUUCAGUAUCAAAUAUAGUUGAAGCAGCCUCACCAUCAAAACGUCGUAAAAUGAAUUCCAACGAAAAUUGUUCGAUAAUUGAUGAUUCAGAUGUUAUUAUGACUGAUAUUGAAGUUAUGAAUACAAGUAAAACAAAUGUAUUAGAAGAUGCAAGUAAUGUUUCGGAUAUCAAAUCUUCUCCACUUACAAUUAUUUCAAAUGAUGAUGUUAAACUUGAUAGUACACCAAUAUGUACACUUCUUGUACCAAAACGAAAACAACCACCUGCAUGA